CGCCGCAGGGAGGCGGAAGGAGCCCAGGACUAGCCAGCGCCUAGGCUGGGCGCGGCGCGAUGGCGGCCAUCGUGGUCUCGGAGGCCGGGUCUCGGAGCUGGUCCUUGUGUCCCGAGGUGCCAUCCGCCACCUUCUUCACCGCGCUGCUCUCGCUACUGGUGUCCGGGCCCCGCCUGUUCCUGCUGCAGCCGCCCCUGGCGCCCUCGGGCCUCUCGCUGCGGUCCGAGGCCCUGCGCAACUGGCAAGUUUACAGGCUGGUGACGUACAUCUUUGUCUACGAGAAUCCGGUCUCCCUGCUGUGCGGUGCCAUCAUCAUCUGGCGCUUUGCUGGCAAUUUCGAGAGAACCGUGGGCACCGUCCGCCACUGCUUCUUCACUGUGAUCUUCGCCAUCUUCUCCGCUAUCAUCUACCUGUCGUUCGAAGCUGUGUCCUCGCUCUCGAAGCUGGGGGAGGUGGAGGAUGCCAGAGGCUUCACCCCAGUGGCUUUCGCCAUGCUGGGCGUCAACUCCGUCCGCUCCCGGAUGAGGAGGGCCCUGGUCUUCGGCAUGGUCGUGCCCUCAAUGCUGGUGCCGUGGCUCCUGCUGUGUGCCUCGUGGCUCAUUCCCCAGACCUCCUUCCUCAGUAACGUCUGUGGACUUGGGAUUGGGCUAACAUAUGGCCUCACCUACUGCUAUUCCAUUGACCUCUCAGAGCGGGUAGCACUGAAGCUCGACCAGAAGUUCCCCUUCAGCCUGAUGAGGAGGAUUUCGGUGUUCAAGUACAUCUCGGGCUCUUCAGCUGAAAGAAGGGCAGCCCACAACCGGAAGCUGAACCCUGUGCCCGGCUCCUACCCCACGCAGAGUGGCCACCCGCACCUGUCCCCGAGCCUCCCUGUCGCCCAGCUGCAGCACGCCAGUGGCCAGAAACUAGCGCCCUGGCCAGCCUGCGCGCCAGGCCAUGCGCCCAGCCUGCCUCCGUACCAGCCAGCGGCCGGCCUGUGUUACGUGCAGAACCAUUUCGGCACCACCCCUAACUCCUCCGCUGUCUACCCAGCUACCGCGGGGGCCUCCCUGGGGGUCCAGCCCCCCACCCCUCUCAACUGCCCUGGCACUGUGGUUUCUGGGACCCUGGCCGUGCCAGCGGCUGCUGGCCCCAAGGAGUGCUCAAGGGUCCUGAUCCCCUGAUAGAGAAUCUCUGGGGAAGUUCUCUCCCGUCUCUGAAGAAGGUCCUCUCCAAGCUGAGCUAAGAGUUUCUUUACAAAAGAUUAUUUAUCAAACACCUCUAUGUGCCAGGCUCUGUGUUGAGUAUUUUGAUAUAUACCUGGAACCCUGUUCAUCCUCACAGCAGUUUUGUGAAGUGCGAUUUAUCGUCUCCAGUUUACAGACGCCGAGGGCGAGGCGCUCUGCGGUCACGUAAAGUCACGUAGUUUGUAGUGGCGCAUCUGGGCUUCUGGGCUCCAGGCCUGGGGCCCCUCCCACCUGCCGCCCUGCCUCCCAGAGAACUCCUGGUGACCAGGGUCGAAAGUGGCUGCCAGUGGCCGGUCCUAGCUCCGUGUUUCCUCCCUUUGUGUGUGGUGCUCUUGGUUCUAGUGCCCACGUGUCUGUGUCUGCCCUUCUGGAGCCCCCAGCUGGGCGGUCCCCAGCCCGUGUAGUAUUUCUCCCCAACAGCAGCCCAGCCCCACAGGCGGUGAGAUGGGCCACUGUGAGCCACAGCUGCCUGCUGAAGGAUCCAUAGUGUUGAUUACCUUUGUAUAAAGAAACAGCCUCCAACCUGC